UGGUGACGGAUUCUCAGAUGUAUAUGCAGGUUUAGUUUGCUAUCAUCUAACCAUAGUAGCCAAUCCUGGCGGCGGGAUCCGAGACGUCGGGUAUUUCGAAGCUGGGGGAGAAGCUUGCGUUAAACGGCGCUGCAGAAUCUCAAUAUGCAUCGGGCCUUAAUAACUCUCCAGCUCUUACUAUGGGUAACCGGUAUUCAUGCUUUCUUCCAGCGUCUUCCUAGUCACGACGGUUUAGAAAAGCGAGGCUCCCCGGACGGAUCGGCACCCAGCAAACAAAACCCCCAACUUGGGUUUGUUACGUUUAAAUUGGUUCAAGGGAAGCCUAGUUCUAAAGAGAGUCUUACAGACAAAGUCUCCAGGGCAAUUCAAAGUCUAACCACCAAAUAUGGAUACAGAGCGCCGACUCGAUCUACAUCCGAAGAUCCGGCCCUCCUCAACCGAGACAACGACUACAAAGUAGUAACUGCAGCCAAACCCUCGGCCAGCAACGCUGUAGGAGUUGAUCAAGAUGGAACGGACUACUCGUACUUCCUAGAAGCCAACUUUGGUUCCGAGGGCAAGUCGUUGUACAUGCUUGUUGACACGGGAGCUAGUACAACAUGGGUCAUGGGUUCGGGUUGCACAUCCAGCGCUUGCACGAAGCAUAACACAUUUGGUCCGAACGAUUCCAAAUCGUACCAUGAUACUGGGAACGACUACUCUGUCGAGUAUGGCUCGGGAGAGGUUAGUGGACACCUUGUAUCUGACACUAUAUCCAUUGCGGGGCUUGAAGUUACUAUGCCUUUUGGAGUCGCCAACGUUACUUCCGACCAGUUUGCCCAAUUCCCCUUCGAGGGCAUCCUAGGAUUAUCGAUGACCAAUGGCACAUGGCUUAGCUAUGUCAAAGAAGCUAAACUAAUCGACUCUAACGUGUUCGGGAUUGCGCUGGCUAGGAAUAGUGAUGGUACGAACGAUGGGGAAAUAGCUUUUGGUGGGCCAAACAAGGCCAAAUUCAAGGGCGACAUUUCAUACACCCCCAUUCAGUCCGGAGACAGUUGGGCUAUUCCGAUGGACGACGUGCUGUAUGACGACAACUCGGCCGGAGUUAAAGGUCGACUUGCUUACAUCGACACCGGAACGACUUUCGUUUUCGGCCCUCCGGAUGAUGUUCAGGCUUUAUAUAAGCUAGUGCCUGACUCCAAGACUACCGAUAAUGGUCAGACUUGGAGCGUUCCAUGCGACAGCAAUGCUACAGUCUCUUUCUCCUUUUCGGGCCAGACUUACACUGCUUCGUCGAAGGACUUCACAUCUGCACCGAAUGGCGAUGGUGUCUGCUUUGGGAAUGUGUACGGCAUGGAGUUCGUGUCCGGUGCUUGGUUGCUCGGAGACAUGUUUUUGAAGAAUGUCUACAGCGUAUUCGACGUAGAUCAAAAACGGAUCGGAUUCGCUGCUAGAGCAGCUUCAAGUGGCAGCACGACAAGCCCAUCUGUAACGUCAAUAUCCCCCGAUGGUUCAACAACGACUAUCGAAUCAUCCACCCCAACGAGUUCUUCGGGUAGUACCGGCAUUGGCCUCAUGCCUAACGCAAGUCCUACAAGUUCAGGUAGUUCGGCAGCCGAUACGACACCGACGCCCACUACAGAAUCGUCUGGCGAGAAAUUGCAAGGAAAGGGUCUAUAUGCCUCCGUACUAGGUGCCCUCCUAAUUAUCGCCAUGACUGUUUAAUAUGGGAUGUUUUAAUAUUAAUCAUCCUACUCCAUAUAUAUACAUGUACACAUUAUGAACUGCUUUAUCACCAGCAGAAGAUACUGCCUCGUAGCAGUACACGUCACCUAUCUCCAAAUAUGGAGGUACCGCUUGUUUCUUGGAUAUACAGCAGAGGCUUAGCUCGUCGCUGUAAAGAGGGAGAGAAGGUAGCGCUACAUAAUGGCGCAGGGAGAAAUAUACACGAAUGAUACCCAGGGUUGAGAGGAAUGAAAAUGGUUAGCAGAGAAGCCUAUGAUGGGCGCACACGUACGUACGUCUGUUGGGCAUUGUAUGUAGGAU